AUGGCCUCUUCCGAACCCAGGUACAUGGCCGAGCCGCCAGAUGAUCAAGGACGAUUCGAUGCGGGCACUAUUACAGCCGGGGCGUUGAUAUUGGGUGGAACGCUGACUUCGCUAUCCAUCAUAUUUGUCGGUCUGCGAGCCUUCACAAGGCUAUCCCUGGUGAGAAGAGGUCUUGGUCCCGAUGACUAUCUCAUCGGCAUCUCGCUAGUUCUGGCUAUAAUCUUCUAUGGACUAUCCGUCAAAUUGUGCGAGCUCGGCGUGGGUACUCAUCUCUGGCAAGUCGAGCGAGCUGACUAUUCACCUUCAUUUCUGCUGCACAGCAUCAUUGCGAUAGCCGUCUACUCAUUAAGUGUAACUACUGCGAAGUUGUCACUCCUCGUUUUGUACUUGCGUCUAUCACCCGAAAGGUGGUUCAGAAUUAUUACAAUGACCCUCAUUGGCUUCGCCUCUUCGUACGCGCUGGCAUACCUCUUUCUCAUCGUCCUCAGCUGCAGGCCAAUCCAGGCUUCAUGGGAUCUCUCGGCUAGAGAGGGAGCGAUAUGCGUCGACAAAAACACCGUCUACUUGGUGCUCAGUGCUACCAACAUCAUUAUGGAUGUCGUGUGCCUUAUCCUUCCUCUGAAGAUCAUCAUCCCACUGCAGAUGGCAGCUCGACAAAAGCUGUCGCUGAUUCUGCUAUUUGCAACAGGGGGCUUUGUCUGUCUAUGUGCCAUCAGACGUACAAUCCUCCUACCGCCGCUCUUCAAAAGUAAGGAUUACACUUUUGACAUUGACAGGCAGUUGAACUGGGCAUCCAUCGAAGUCAACGCUGGAAUUGUGUGUGCCUCCGUCCCGGCACUCAAGCCUUUCUUCGUGCGCUAUCUGCCAAUGUUUGUGACUUCCCACGUCGCCGCACGCGGCUCCAAGACGAAGAAGACAACGCCAGAUUAUCAAAAGUACCAACACUCGAAUCCCUACUCUACCACAAUUGAAGCCAACAAGAAGAGGCGCAACGUUCAAUCAGAGGCAUACGAGCUGCAUUGGCGUGAUGAUUUGUCGCUAUCAUCGAAUGACAUGCCGAAAAAUGGGUCAAGAGAAGAUGUUGCGAGGCUUUGGUCCGGAAAUGCGUUUCGCAAACAAAGCAGAAGUCGCUGCGAGAAUACCAUCGAGUCGAACCCAAGGGACCCAGAUGAUAGUGCCUCAAUCCUUGUCGACCAGAUACAGCCGGUGGGAGAACAUGACUCAAAAGAAGACCCUCCGCAGAGAGUGGCGAGCAUGAGCGGUAUCAGAGUCACGACAGAGACACGGGUCGAGUAUGAGGUACCAUGGCCGGAUCAUCGCAGUCCCAGGGGAUGA